AUGCAGUUAUCUGUAACAAUACAUUCGGCAGCGGGAUUUCAGAAGCAUACUGGGUUGGUAGACAAGACUGACAUCUACGUGGAAUUGCAAUGUGGUGCCCAGUCUUGGCGAACAUCUGUGGCUAAGGAUGCUGGCUCUCAUGGUUCUUUUGAAGAGACUUGGACCUUCGAAGCUGAUCCCGGUCUUUCGGAAAUUUUGAUUAAGGCCUGCGACGCUAAGCACCUUCAGUCAGACGAGCUCUUGGCGCAAGGCAAAAUACAUUUCGAUCAGAGACCGGGUUUCUUCUACACUGGGGAAGUCGCUCUGCAAGAUGACAAACACGGCCGCGAACCAUGUAUUAGAAUGACCAUUCAGUGUUCAUGA